AUGGGUCUUUUCCUGUCCAAGAAUGAGAUUGUGGGUGUGGAAAGUUAUCCGCAGCGAGGCUUCGCGCUUUUGGACACAGAAGGGAUACACAAGGUCUCAGAAGAAGCUCUUUUGAGGAGAUUAGGCACGCAGAGCUUGAAACAAAGCAUGAUAACCAUGCUCGCUGUCUCUGAUGAAGAUAAAGAUGAAUGUUUGAAUUGGAACGAAUUUUCGAACUUCUUUCGCCACAUAACGGGUACAUAUAUUGUUUUUGCUAAAAACACCGAUGCGUACUCCGCAUUGGAGUCCAAUUUUAAUAAUAGUACAACAAUACCAAGGUUUUCACCGCGAAGGCAUCAUCAACAUUUGUAUGAUGUCAAGGUUGUAAAUUUACCCAGUCAGGCUGGUCGUAUUAGGUGUAUUGCAGUGGCGCCCGAUCUGGAUUUGUACGCAGUGAGUCAUCGAGAUGCCUGCGCGGUUAGUGUUUACACGCUACAUGUUGUGGAGGUUCUUCAACGAACUGGAUAUUUGGAUCUCGUGCUGAAUAUUGCCUUUUUUUUUGAUAAAAAUUACCUUGCUGCAGUUUCAGAAAGUUGGACAGUAGCCUUAUGGGAUUCGACUGCUGAUCAGCUGAUUGGAUGUGUUCAACACAAGAGAGUUGUGACAGCUGUGGCUUUUUCUUUCAACGGCCGGGUAUUGUACACUGGAUGCCAAUACAACAAUGUUUGUGGGAUGUCUGUCCCAAAGGGGGCACUCAGGGCCGUUUUGGGCGAGUUACCCAGUAGGGAAGAGAGGAUUGUCGUAUCUUUGGCUACCCAACACACUGCGGAUGACUGGGUAGUUUUUUCGCGAAGUUGUGAACAGGGCGCAUGCGUAGCAGACGCUCAACAUCUAAGGUGA